CACCCCCAACCCUGGUAGCAGGCUGGAGGGCCCCGACCAUGCGGGGUAGUGGGAGAAAUGGAAAGAAAUGGGACAGGAACAGGACACAAGAGUCCAUGGUGGGAGUCAAAGAGCUGGAAGCGUUUUGGAAAUGGGGGUCUGAGGGAAGAGUUGAUCAAGGGGCGAGUUACUCAGCAGGUGGGAGGCACGAGGCCCUGGCAACUCUGUUUUCUUGGCUGGGCUCGGAGAGGAAAGCGGGUAGCAGUCAGGCAACUGAGGGCCCGCCCCGGACCUCCCUACCGAGGGAGGUGUCAGGCCCCCAGGGACCCGGCCCCCUCAGCAUCACGGGCGCUGAGGAUGCGCUGGAGGCCGGUGGGCGGUCGCGGUAGUCGCCCUCCCACCCCCUCGCUCAGGUUUCUCCGGCCUAGGGCAAGAGGCCACCCCGCGCGGGAACGCACUGUCCACUUCUCAGGCCUGGAACUGGGCCGGCCCGCGGACGCUACCGAGAGGCGGCGGCUCCCGCCCCCUCGGCCGGACGUGGCGCCUCCCCUCCGGCCGCAGCCGGAGCCUGGAGGUGGGGUCGGAGUCGGAGCCCGGGGCUCUGAUGUCACCGAGCGGCCGCGAGUGCCCAGGAGCUCUUCUCGGCUGGAGCCUCAGGACCUACGCAGCCAGCCAGCCUCAGCACUCAUCUGCGGAGCCAUGGAGGCGCUGGGUCCUGGGGGCAACCGCGCCUCUCCGGCCUCGUCCACUAGCGGCCUGGACCUUUGGCAUCUGUCCAUGCGCGGGGACUCGGCCUACAGCUCUUUCUCCGCAGCCUCCAGCGGCCCCGAGCCGCGCACGCCAUCGCCGGGGACAGACCUCCUUCCUUACCUAGACUGGGACUACGUGCGCGUGGUUUCUGGCGGCCUGGGCCCCGCUCCACCCGACGCUGCCCUUUCUACAUCCCCUCGGGCCCGGCCUGCGGUCGCCGCCCACAGUGGGCCGCAGUCACCAGAGGUCCCGGGGACCCUGGGGCCACUGAACAGGCAGGCCACCCCGCUGCUGUACGCGCUGGCUGCGGAGGCGAAGGCCGCGACGCGGGAUGCCGAGCCGCCCAGCCCGCCGGCCUCGAGGGCUGCCUACCGCCAGCGGCUGCAGGGCGCGCAGCGGCGAGUGCUACGGGCGACGUCGUUCCAGCGCAAGGAGCUCCGCAUGAGCCUGCCUGCCCGCCUGCGACCCACUGUCCCAGCGCGGCCCCCGGCGACUCACCCGCGCUCGGCCUCGCUCAGCCACCCGGGCGGUGGGGAGGGGGAGCCGGCGCGGUCCCGGGCUCCCGCGCCAGGAACUGCCAGCCGGGGUCCCCUAGCCAACCAGCAGCGGAAGUGGUGCUUCUCGGAGCCAGGAAAGCUGGAUAGUGUGGGUCGGGGCGGUGGGCCGGCGGGGGAAUGCCUGGGUGAGGCCUGCUGCAGCUCUGGCCUCCCGGGACCUGAGCCCUUGGAGUUCCAGCAUCCGGCGCUGGCUAAGUUUGAUCACCAGGUCGGAUGGCUGCCAGAGACGCAGCCCCAAGGCUCGACAGACCCAGACUCCGGGUCCUUGAAGCUUGGUGAUGCCUACGGGCCCGCCAGUCGGAGUCGGAGCGCUUCGGGCGAAGUGUUGGGUUCCUGGGGAGGAUCAGAAGGGACCAUACCCAUUGUCCAGGCUGUUCCCCAAGGAGCAGAAACCCCCAGACCAUUGUUUCAGACCAGAUUUUCCAGGUUCUUGCCUCAGAAGGAGGCAGCAGUGGUGUAUCCUGCAGAGGUACCCCAGAGCAGCCCUGCUGAUGGUGAGCAGAGGGUCUCAGAGACCUGCAUUGUGCAUGCCCGGCUCCCCUCCCUUCCUGAUGAAGUGUUCCUAGAAGAGGCCCCGCUGGUCAGAAUGAGAUCACCACCAGACCCCCAUGCCUCCCAGGGGCCCCCAGCCAGUGUCCAUGCCUCUGACCAGCAGUAUGGAACUGGCUUAGGCCAAAGAACUGGCCAGGCUGCAGUCCCUCCAGAGUACCCGCUCCAUGAGUGUCCAGGAACCGCAGGGGCAGAUGACUGCUGGCAGGGGGUGAAUGGUUCUGUAGGUAUUUCCAGGCCCACAAGCCACAUCCCCACUGGGACUGCAAAUGAUAACAUCUCAACUGUUGACCCCACUGGACUGACCACCAAUCCCCCUACAGCUGCAGAGAGUGACCUCCUCAAACCUCUUCCAGUUGAUGCCUUGGGACUUUCAGGCAAUGAUACUCCAGGUCCCCCUCACAAAACUGCCCUGGAUAGGGGCACUGGCCAGCCUGGUUCCAGGCCCCCAUGGCCCAGUCAGUGCCUCAGGGAACUGGUUCAGGAGCUGGCCAGAUUAGAUCCCUCUCUACUUGACCCUCUUGCUUCCCAGCCCAGCCCAGAGCCACCCCUGGGCCUGCUGGAUGGGCUGAUUCCUUUAGCAGAGGUCCGGGCUGCAAUGCCGCCUGCCUGUGGGGAGGCUGGAGAGGAGGCUGCCAGUACUUUUGAGCCAGGGUCCUAUCAGUUCAGCUUCACCCAGCUCCUGCCAGCUCCUCAGGAGGAGACAAGGCUUGAAAACCCUGCCACCCACCCUGUGCCUGACCAGCCAUGUGGCCAGGGGCUCCUUGCACCAAACAACAGCAUCCAGGGCAAGAAAGUGGAGCUGGCCGCCCUCCUCCAAAAGAUGCUUCAGGACCUUCACACGGAGCAGGAGCGGCUGCGGGGGGAGGCCCAAGCGUGGGCCAGGCGCCAAGCGGCUCUGGAGGCUGCAGUGCGCCAGGCCUGUGCCCCUCGGGAGCUGGAGCGGUUCAGCCGGUUCAUGGCCGACCUAGAGCGCGUGCUUGGCCUCCUGCUGCUGCUGGGCAGUCGCCUGGCGCGCGUGCGCCGCGCCCUGGCCCGGGCGGCCUCAGCCAGCGACCCUGAUGAGCAGGCCUCCCUGCUGCAGCGCCUCCGGCUACUGCAGCGGCAGGAGGAGGACGCCAAGGAGCUGAAGGACAACGUGGCGCGGCGCGAGCGGGCGGUGCGGGAGGUGCUGGUGCGAGCUCUGCCCGUGGAGGAGCUGCGCGCCUAUUGCGCCCUGCUGGCCGGCAAGGCCGCCGUCCUGGCCCAGCAGCGCAGCCUGGACGAGCGCAUCCGCCUCCUUCAGGACCAACUGGACGCCAUCAGGGACGACCUUGGUCAUCAUGCCCCGUCUCCCAGCCCUGCCCGGCCCCCAGGGACCUGUCCUCCAGUUCAGCCGCCCUUCCCUCUUCUCCUUACCUAGUUAUAGGUGGAGAGGGUGGGGAGCACCGCCCCUACCUCUCACCACAUAAGUGGGGUGAUGCUGAUUUAUUCUCUGCUUUUCCCUUGAGGGAUUGGGGAGGACCCAGGCCAGGCCUCUCUAAGAUACUCCUCCAAAGUGUUCUCAUGUGACCUCGCCCAGGUCUUAUUUGGUAAUUAAUUUAUGGAUCUUAAAAACUGCAGUGUUCCCCCAUUUUGUGAUGAGAGUGUGGGGCUGGCAGGGGUUGGUUGGAGGGAGGAGAGAAGAUAGAGGAGCACUUAAGGUGCAAAACAGCCUAUUUUUUCUUCAAUAAAAAUUGUUAAGAGAA